GUAUCAACUAGAAUGAAGAUUUAAAUUUAAUUUUACGAGUGUUUUUUUUUUAAGUUGUGAUGAUGAUAAACACUAGUGGACAUUGCAUUAAUAAAACGCACGUUGAUCCGUCCAAUACAAAACAAAAGCCAAUUAUCUGUGACUACGUUUUAUCAUUAUCUGCGCUUAAUUGAUAUCAAACAAAUAUAUCGGACAAGUAAAUAAUAAAGGCAAUUAUUGUGUCUGUCACGUUGACAUUAACUGUGUUAAAUUGAACAUUGUAACUGUGACUGCCGUUCGUGUUUAAAUCAAAUUAAUAUAAAAUGGAAAAAUAUAUAAACGUAUAAAGAAAUAUUUCAUUUCUGAACCAACGAUAAAAUUGGUAAAAUGUCUGAAAAACAAGAAUCGAAAGCCAACAUUGAAGAAAGACCUUUAAAUAAAGAAAAAAUACACAAAAAAUAUAAAGACAAAGGAUUUACAGAAAAACUAUGGCAUAUAAAAGAAAACAUAACCGUAGAGCCGUUGCUAGCCGGCCUCAUUAUACCAAGUGUAAUAUCACGAUUUGCAAUGGGUAAUUUUAAUUUGGACAAAGCUUGCAGAGUAAAUCUGGGUUUCGGAGAUGAAAUAUGUGAUGCAUUAGUUAAAAGAACGACCAACAAUUAUUCGACAUACGAAAAAGAAGUGCAAACAUUAAUAUCAUCAAUAGACAUCUGGAAGAGCAUAAUCAACACCGGCUUACCGUGCAUACUGAUCAUGUUUCUUGGUGCUUGGAGCGACAGAACUGGUAAAAGAAAACUCUGCAUAUUACUUCCGAUUGUCGGCGAAAUUGCGACGUCUGUCAACAAUUUGGUCAAUGUUUACUUCUUCUACGAAAUUCCUGUUCAAGUGACUGUAUUUUUAGAGACGUUUUUUACCGCUGCCACUGGUGGCUGGGUGACAAUGUUCCUUGGUGUAUUUAGUUAUAUAAGUGACAUAACAUCGGAGCAGUCGCGAACCUUUAGAGUUGGUCUUGUCAACUUUUGCAUGACUGCAGGACUACCGAUUGGAAUUGGAAUGAGCGGAAUCUUGCUCCAAAGAAUGGGAUAUUACGGAAUAUUUUCUAUGACUACUGGACUGUUUAUCGUUGUAUUUCUCUAUGGCUGCUUUUGUUUGAAGGAACCCGAUGACUGGCUCAAAGACAAAGGACUACCAGUCAUUGAACGAAGCGACAACAAGGAGGUAUCGUUUUUCGAUGUGACGCACGUUCUGGAUACUGUCAGCGUCGCGUUCCGUGAACGACCCUCAAACAGACGGUCAAAAGUGAUCCUCACUCUUCUGGCUGUGUUCAUACUGUUCGGCCCAUCCAUGUCUGAACAUAUUAUAUUCUACCUGUUCGUGAGAAAUCGACUCAACUGGGACAUGGUCAAAUACGGUCUCUUCACGAGUUACUCCAUAAUACUGCAUUCGUUUGGAGCGAUGUUCUCUAUAACAAUUUUAAGCCGAAAACUCCAGGUCGAUGACUCACUACUUUGCCUCGUAUCGGUCACCAGCAAAUUCGUCGGUUCUCUUUGGACUGCCUUCGUCAAAACAGAUAUAGAAAUGUAUUUAAUUCCAGUCGCCGAGCUGCUAAACGGCACCACGUUUACGUCUCUACGCUCAAUUAUUUCAAAAUUGGUCGACAAACAGGAAACUGCUAAAGUGAACUCAUUGUUCUCACUGACCGAAACUUUGGCGUCUCUGGUCUUCCAACCAUUCUACUCUUGGCUCUACAUGAAGACGCUACACGUGUUGCCAGGGGCGGUGUUCAUUAGCAGCGCAAUCCUGAUUGUACCAGCAUCUUUCAUCCUCGCAACAUUUUAUGUACAGCACAGGACAGAAUUAGGAAAAUCAAGGAAAAAAGCGUUAGAAGCAGAAGAAAAGAAAGACGCAAUAUCAAAAUUGCCCGAAAAACCUCAAAGCAAUGAAAAUUCAGCGCAAGCUGAUUCAACCCACUUAUAGCUUUAAAACGA